AUGUCUGACACCAACACCGGAAUCGUGUGGCUGGUAAGCUCCAGCAACUUUGUCGACUGGCAUCAUACCUUCAUCCGCAGCGCGAAGGACAAGGAUGUCUGGGAUCUCCUCAUCGGAAAAUACAAGCCAAUCCUCACUGAGCCCGAUCCGGACGAUGAGAAAUACAAACCACAAACUGUAACAAUUUCGACGGAAGACAAGGAUGACAUCAGGGUCAUUAGCGAGCAUAGGCAUCUCAGCCUCCAGUCAACUUCAGCUUCUGGUGCCACCACGGCCUCUCCGACCUCGAUCGUCCUGCGAGACAACACUGCUUUCGCUCGGUUCCAGCACGACCACAAUGAGUAUAAGGAAGGUCAGAAGACGAUCGAAGCGGCUCGCGCUCUUAUCGAGAGUGCUGUGAGCCCGUUCAUCGCCGCGUUGAUUCGGAACAAGGACGACCCAGUCGAAGCCUACAAAUUCCUGCAGGAAACAUACAAGCCAUCUGAGAGUGAUGCUUACGUGGACUUGUUCCAGGAGCGAAAAGAUACGACUCUCAGGAACUUCAAUUGUGAACGUUGGUACUUACGUCAACAAGGUCUUAGAGACUCGCGAGGAUCUCCUGGAUUUCGAUGGGGUCUACCCCGAUCAUGAGGUGGCCGAAUAUCUUCUGGGAGGACUACCAAACUCAUACAACAGCUUCAAGAUGCAGCACAGCUUGAUCAUGGGUUGUCGGUAUAUACUUGAUGGGCAUGAUCUUCCGCUCUUGAUGAAUAGGCUCCUCGAGGAGGGAUCUGGUCGUGAGAAUGUGGCAAAGGCGAAGAAGACUAAGGGCAAACGACAUCAAGUCAGACAGCAAACGCACUAAUGCCGACCUUGAGCCUACGACGCUGCGGACGGGCAACGAGUGUAG